AUUUGCAAGCUACGUUUUAUUUUAUUUUCAUUUUCUGAUUUCCAGUCGGUCGAGGAGAAUGAAAGAAAUAUACGUACCGUAUAUGCGUGUGCGCGUGUUUUAGUCCGAUCCGUGUGAGUGUGUUUCUUGUCUGCCCGCACGAAAAAAAUUCUGUCCUUUCGUGACAUUGUGGGAUACGAGAAAAAUACCCUCGUCUACGAGCGAGUUCGUCACUUUUAAAGUCAGCCGUUCUCGAGCGAAUGCGAUCAAAGACGGAAAAGAGGAAUCAAAGAUUUCCGAGAUUCUCACCGUUGUGUUCCUCUUCGUUUUCCAAAGUAUUAUCAGAAAAGUGGAAACGCGAAGGCUGAGAACGCGACGCGAUAAAAUCUACAGACAAGGAGACAGAAUAACGAAGUAAGUGAUGUUUAAGUGUUAUCGAAUGUUUGACAGAAACGACAUUAUUGAUAGCCGAUAUACAUAUUAUAUAUAUACAUAUAUUAUAUAAAAAAUAUAUAUAUAUAUAUAUACAAAUGAAUAUAUCCUUGUUCUAUUUCUUAAAUAAUAUGAUUACGACAGUUGAAUCGAGUGUGUUUGCGAAUGAUUUAGCCGGGAGAAAGUAUAAACACCAAUCGUGGACCGAAACGCGCUGAGAUACCACACCUGCGUUUCUUCUUACAAAAUUGAGAAUUUUAUAUAUAUGAAUAAUUAUAUGCACGUCGCGAUCGAAGAGGGAUCGAUCUCGUCGACUGGUUUUACACGAACAUUUUGUAUAUACGCAUCCUCGAGACGAUCGAAUUCAACAUUUUAUUUGUCAUACGAGCGACGAGAUCGACGCAGAUUCGACAAGAUAAGAUAAACAAAAUGGAAGUUGUAACGAUCAUCGACGUGCCUGUCGAAAAAGUUAUUACCGUUACUUUAUCUCGGGUAUCGGUCAUCUAUCGAACCUUCCCGAAAGACUCGUACGAUCGUUUCUGUUGUAUAUUACGACUUACAAAAAACAAAGUCUGUCGUAACAUUGUUAUUGACGCUGCGAUAACAAGUCAAAUUUUGUUAAAUAUCGAGUUGCGCGCAUAGAUGCAAUCUAUACGUGCAAGUUCGUUAAACGAAAAGAUUUCUAGGAACGAAGAAAAAGCUGACUUAUACCGAUACGGUGUUUACCCUUUCGAGUACAGGGUCCAGUAUCGCAAGAUUUAUCGCGAAUCGUCGAUACGACUGCUUCGUAUCGCCUGAUCGUGCAGAUGCUCACCGUUGCAAGAGAAAGUACCGCUCGACGAGCGUUCAUGAGCGUGAACGUGUGCGAGCUGCUGCAAAUGUUUGUUGUCAGCAUCGAGAAAACAAAUAAUCAAUUAUAAUCGAUACCGUGUCUCUGUAGGAGGAUACGGUACGUUGUCGUAUACCGUUGCUCUCCAGCUAGGAUAAGAUUUUCAGCAGAAGCAACUGUGCGUUAUCUAGAUAUCAUUCAGUGAGCCGAUAACGGGCCACCAUUUUACGCCUCUACGCGAAUCGAGAGGCACCCUACGAGCUUACCGUAUGGACUGCUAGCUGAUCCCUUGCGCUCGUGAUAUAGCGUGAUAAUAGAGUGCCAUGCGCGACGCGAACCUCUUAGAGAACUUUGGACCAUUCCGCUCAACGUGACACGCACGGCUCCGAGAUCUCCGGAUCGACGGAGUCGCCACGAUCGACACGAACGAACCGAGAUUUUUAUACCCGCUUUUUAUCGUUUGCGCGUACCGACGUUUCUAAUUUUCUACGAAGUUCAACGAGAAACGAGAGACGAGGACGCGACGAAUGAUUUUGUAAAACCGCGUUGUCGAGUGAAGGGCUUCGUAGAAACGAAUUAAACGUAUUCGAAAAGGGUGUAGGACGAUUGAAGGCUUAUCAGCGAGAACGAAAUUUGAUUCCAUUUAGAUUAGCGCGUUUAUUUAAGGUGUCUCCUUCCGCGGAUUUUGAUGUUAAUCAUCGAGGAUUCUAUGUCAUAGUUCCUAAUAUUCUUUUAAAACGAAUCUUUUAGGAAUUCGGGGUAGAGUAAACGACCAAGUUUUUUGUAUUAUUUUCUAACUUUUCCUAAUCCCGUACAAUUAACAUUUUUGCAAUUAAGAGUUUCUAUAAAUGUUGGUGUAGGCUAGGUUUGAAAACAAUAGAAUUUUUCCAUCCUUUUCUACGGGUUUUCUAAUCUCAGAUUAUUUCCAGUUUUGUAACUGACAUCGAUUCGAUGAAAUGCUACCGAAAACCAUUCAUAACCAAAGUCUAUUCGUCACUUUUUUUUUUUAUCGUUUCUUCGAUACGUCUAUCAUCGACUAAAUAUUGAAGGUGAAAUUACAUGAUUUUUUGUUCGGUGAAAAUUUGCAAUACAUUCAUAAAAAAAUCCUUGCUACGCAGAGAUGAAACCAGAGACUAUGAAACAGCCGCUGGUUCGAUAAUCGAACUCUCGUCGCGCAACUCAGCCUACGAUUCUCCUGAAAGGAUGCAGACGUCGCGUCGGUUAAUCUUUUUGGAACGGCGUCGCGUCUUACUAGCGAUUUUUACACCGUUUUUUUACACGUUUCUCACUGGCCUAAGGAGUCGUAUCCCGUUUACGAGCGGCGAACAACGAUCGACGGCGAUCGUGAUCAUUCGCGAACAGGGUGCGAGAAGGAAACUAGAUAGUUUCGCGCGACCAUUUCUACUUCUAUCGAUAACAACAUUUUAUAGUUUUCUAAAGUAACGAGAAAAGCAUUAUUAGAUUGCAAAGUCGACGGUUCGAUCCUUGAUUUUAGGUACUUUAUCUUCAAAUUUAAUUCACGGGAGAUCCUUACGUAGGCUUAUUUGAACGUGCAAACCGAUCGGUAUGCAAAGACUGACGCGUGUCGUCGAAUUUAAUUCCCGCACAUCCGAUCGGAUAUUCCGGGCUCACUCUUCAUCGUCAAAUCGAUCAUCGUCACAGACAAAUCCAAGAAGACUGAUAUAGCGUUAAAGCCGAAUGACUCUACCGGAACAGUCCAUCAUCCGAACUCCAAGAGCGAAACGAAACGGAAUCGUCGAGCGGAAGAGGACCAGAAAAACACAAAACUGAGCAAGAUAGCAAAAGAGGUAACGGCAACCCGCAAAGUACCACGCUCCUAAAAAUGAAUCCUCAUCUCGAGGCAGAUUUGCCAAAUUUCAUCGAAGAAGAAGAAGAAAUCGACGGGUCGUGUCAGACGAACACGAGGAAACGAGGAAGGAAAUAGAGAAAAACAAAGAGAAACCAUGUAAAGUCAAGAAAGUUUCACGUAUCACGUACAGAUAUACAUACACGUAUACACAUACAUACAUACACAUACAGACACGUGCAUAAUGAAUAGAAAAGAAACGAUAGGCUACAGUGCUGCAUACGUAUUUAAAUUAAAGGAGCAUUAAAUAAGCAUGGAUGUGCAUUUUAGAUGUAUUAGAGGAGUCUCACCACACAUUUAGUAUUAAUUAUAAAACGUUGUAGUCCGACGUGAGGGAGGGACAAGGGGAGGAUUUACAGGAAUUAAAUUCGCCUGAGAAUCCUUGAAUCUGUUCGAUGCGUUGUCCUUUUCUUCCCCAAAAAGUAGAUUUCGCAUUCUCGCGGGUUCUACGAUCUCUGUUUAGAUUAAUUUUGCAACGAUUCAGAUAUUCGAGGAAUCUGGGCACUCUCGGCGGUGGCGCUAUCUUACCAAAUGGUUUCGCUUUUCCCGUCUUUUGGGGAAACAAAUUUUUGUACUUUUCCACGGUAAUCUCGAACGAUUUUCUUCGAGGGCGACGUUGCAAUCAUUUAUUCGAUUUUAAUCGCAAUCUUGAACUCGAAAAGUUUUGUUCGAGCUUUUAAGAAUAUCUUUACAAGUAAAUAUGUAUUCAUAUAUUUUUCGAUAAUUUAUCGAAGGACUCCCCUAGAUCCCUACCCUUGAGAGAAAUGCGACGGGGAUUCUCAUCGUCACGAUCGUUUAUCAUCGUCAUCGUCGUUUGUUUAUUUAACUCGUACCGUGUUUUACGCAAUCUAUUGACGUCGCAAUUACUAAAAUGAUGUAGGAUAAUAUAUAUAUAUAUAUAUAAUUUUGUUAAGACGGGGGACGAAGAGCAAACAUAUUGUCAUUAUUUUAUCGACGUCGUAUUAUUUAUAUCGAAGGAGUACCACGUAUAUGCAAUGAUUAUUAACGAUAAAGAUCGACUAGUGUAUUUCGAACCCGACUGACAACAAUUAAAGAAUUUAAUUGCGCUGAACAUAACGGCUAGUUUUUCUUCUCUUACUUUUCAACACUUUUGUAUCCUGGACAAAAAGAAGAGAAAGCAUCGAUUUCCUGAAACUCUAAAGGUAUUUACGAUUAUUACAUUUUUUUAAACUUAAAAAGUGCUUACACUCAAAACAUUGCUUUUAUCUGGAGAAUAUUGUUAUACGUUGCGAAUAACCGAGAAGCUUGAAAAUACGUUUGUCGAUUGAAAAACCGUGUAGAAAUUUGAUCGACGACGACUCUACGCGGAAUAAUUGUUAAUUAAAAGGCGGAUUGCAGCGCGGAUUGACAAUUUGCAGUCGUAAAAGGAGAAUCGGGCCCCUUCUGGUCGGCGAAUCGAAACGAGCAACCCCUCUCUUUUCAACAAUUGCUCUGGCGAUUGUCUUGCGCGCGCGUAGCCAAUAUUUUGCGUAAACGAAUAAAUACGAAAAAAAUGUUGCCAACGAUAUUUAUCUGUUUUUUUUUUUUUCAUAUAAAUUACAAUGCUCGCUGAAAAAUGAUGGGAGAUCGAUUCGAUUCAACGCGGGAAGGAAACGCGUUAAAGAAAUGGGAACACGCGAUAAAGGCUGGGGUUCGAUGAUUGUAUUUUAACAAGAAAAUCCUCAUGCCUCAGCGAGCACCGGCACCUGCACACCGCGCGAUAAGAAACCACCAACACAUAUUCACGCCGAGCGGGAUCCACUCGAGCGCCAGUUCAAUGUCGUUGCUUCUUUCAAUCAGUGAUCUCGUGAAAUUAAAACUCGCUACAAACAAAAACAUUGAUCGUUCAUCGCUGAAAGUAACGAUUCGAGAAAUUAAACCUAAGCGAUACCUAAAGUAGAAAUCAUAGAAAUCGUUCAAUCGCUAUUUAAAUAAAAACCUCUAUCUUUUCGGAUAUUUUUGCACAACGCAUCGAAGCUUUCCGUUAAAAUUUAUUCGACAUUUGAACAGAUACGGUUUCAAUCGCCAAAACGUCGGAACAAAUUUUAUUCGGAUCAAUCGGCAACCUAGAUUCUUGUUCGUUUCACACCCCCGUGAACGAGCCACACCAUCCCCACGCGCAACAGAGUCCUUUGGUUCUCUUGGUCCCCGCGAAGGAUCCUCCCGCAGUUUAUCGUCGACCAGCAAACCCAGUGGUAGUCUUAAAAGUCACAGGGCACCGUCGCGGUUUAAGCGGUAAAUUGGCAAAACGAUACGAGUCUCUCGAAUUCUUAAAGAGAGUCACAAAUUGCAAAUUUAUCUUCAGCAAAAGAUACAAGUAUAUAUAUAUAUAUAUUACUUGGAAUAUUACCUCAGCGAGAACAGAAAUUCAUAAGCACGUAUACCCCAUGACGGACGUAAACAGCAAUAAAAUGUCCGCCGAGUCCUCCAGAAAGUCCUUGGAAUUCGCGAAAAAGGAAAUGCGUACGAUAGUGGCCAAAAUCGAAGAGAAGGGACUUACGAGUAGGACUUUGAAACUGUUCCACGCGCAGUCCUUGCUUAGGCCAAGUGGAUCGAAAGUCCGCAGGAGACACCUGUGGAUCUUGUUGAUCCUCGCCUGGAUUCUGGGCCAAUUUUUGUGGAAUUACGCGAGCGCUGCUCGUUACAACAAGUGUCUGGCGGAGCUACCCUUGUUCACGCAGAAAAUUUUCCGACCGGCGGAGGACUGCUCGAUCUGUCGGGACGUUCAACAGGUUGACAGGAUAUCGAACGUGGUUCCUGGGAAUUUCGAAGAACGUUACGCGUACUCUGGGAGACCAGUAGUGAUCACCGACGCAAUGACAAACUGGACAGCUCCGAAGGUGUUUUCCUUCUCGUUCUUCAAGUCGUUGUACGACGGUGAGGACGCAAAUUGUCAGUUUUUUCCGUACAAAACUGAAUUCAAGAGUCUUCAAGAUGUUUUCGACAUGGACGCCAAUCGGUCUUUGCUCGAAAAUGGAACGAAGCCGUGGAGCAACUGUGACGAGAAAGCCGGCAACGUGCUCAGACAACAUUACCGAAGACCCUAUUUCCUGCCCCCGACUGCGGAGAGCGAGAAGACCGACUGGAUUUUCAUGGGAAGCCAUGGCUACGGAGCUCCCAUGCAUGUGGACGACGUGGAGCAUCCGUCGUGGCAGGCGCAGAUAAAGGGCGAGAAAUUGUGGAUCUUGGAGCCGCCGCGAGAAUGCCAUUACAUUUGCGAUAAGCUGGAGAUUGUGGUGCGUCCCGGUGAAAUAAUCGUUCUGGACACCAAUCGCUGGUAUCACCAAACGGAGAUCGUUUCAGAGGAGAUGAGCAUCACCAUCGGCGCGGAAUACGAUUGAAGGAAGAAGAUCGAUACAACUCGAAUGUAAUGUCUUGCAUGUAUCGUUAGCAAAUUGUGUUUUACGAGUUCUAGCGUCUCUCGUGUGUUACACGAAUUACAUGUUUACGCAUAAAUGUUAACGUUUAUCGUACGUAUUGUAAAACCCACGUUCGUCGAUCAAACUCGAAAGUUGGAAACGAUAACGUCACCAGGAGAAUUCGCGAUCUCCCGCGCCUUACCAUGGUCUCUCUCCACGACAACACCGAAACGUUCCGAUCCUCUGGAGCGGUUGAUCGAUUUUCUCGAUCAGGACGGUCGUGCACGCGCCAGGUAACAUAUGAUCGCGCGCACACGCGUGGAUCACCAGUCCGUGGAGGGGAACCCCCGCGGCAGGGACCACCUGCCGCCAGGUGCGACUUCACCGGACAUCUGCACGAGGGGCCCGUGCCGUACCGUUUCCUUUUCACUAUCCACCAUUCCCGCGAUUAACCUCGUCGUGCUCCACUCGUCCAACCCCCUCCCCGGGUAUUACGAGAACGUUUCAUGUCUGUCCGAGGCUCCGUUCAUUACUCGAGUACUAGGCAUUAA